AUGGCUUCUCAAUCAUCAGUAGUAAUAUUCAUGAUGAUGAAAUAUUACCUUCUUGCCAUUCUUCUUCUGUGUAUGCUGCACAUGAGAUGCUCUACAGCCCAAGUAGCUGGAUAUAUUGGAAAGGAGAAGGAUGCUCUCGUUGCCCUCAAGAACAGUUUCAACUAUUCGUACCUAAACACUAACUGGACGGGCCCUCCUUGCUUCAAAAGUGAGCCCUCAACUUGGUACGGGAUUCAAUGUACUGGUUUCAAUGACAUUGGCCACGUGACUGGAAUUGUGUUGAAAAAUAUGCCGCUGAACAGAAGCAUCGACAUCUUCGCUUUCACCGACUUGGCUGAGUUGUCUGCCCUAACCUUGAAGAACAACUCUCUGUGGGGAAACAUGAUGGAUUUUUCCCUCAAUCCGAAGCUGACGCAUAUCGAUCUUUCGGGCAACAUGUUCUGUGGGCAAAUUUCACCGUCGCUUUUGAGCCUUGGGACAUUGGAGUCGUUGCAGCUUCAGGAUAAUGGAUUCAGCGGUCCAAUUCCUUGGUUGAACCAGUUCACCUUAAAAAUAUUCAAUGUCUCAAACAACAAUGUCAAUGGAUCGAUUCCGAUGACUCAAGCUCUCCAGGCAUUUGGCUACGAUUCGUAUUCUGGCAACCCAGGGUUGUGCGGCAAGCCUUCUCCCAUUGCUUGCAACUCUUCUAGCCUUGAUGACAACCCAAGCACAACUGAUUCAGUUGAUAAAACUCCCAAGUAUAGGAAUAAGUUCAGUUUGUACUUGUUUCUUUUGGAUGUUGCUGGUCUUGUUGUUCUUGUUUUGCUUUUCAUUCUAUAUUUCAAGAAAUCGCAUAAGCUGAAGAAGAUGUUGAAGGAAUUUGGGAAAACUAAAUCAUCAGCAUCAAUGAUCAAUAAUAAUAAUAAUAUUGAUCAGGAGGAAAAAAAUGAUGCUGGCGACGAUAAAACGAAGACAGAAGGUCACCGGGAUCCGAUAACGAGACCUAAGGCUGUAGCACAAGAACAUCAGACUAAGAGAGGUAAGCUGGUGUUCGUUCGCCCCCAACAUAAUGGUAAGGGGUCUGUUGGGAAUCAAAUGACAGAUCAUCAAAUAUUUGAGAUGGAAGAUCUGCUAAAAGCCUCUGCCGUAGGGUUGGGUACGGGACUUUUUGGAAAUAGCUAUAAAGCAGAGAUCACCAUGACCAAUAACGCCGUGGCGGGGGGCAGGCAAGUUAAGCAAGCCGUGGUUGUUAAGCGGCUGAGGGAUCUGAAGCCACUAGUUAACGAGGAAUUUACAAAGCCGUUGCAGCUGAUUGCCAAUCUGAAGCACCCCAAUUUGCUGCCUCUUCUUGCUUACUACUUGUCCAAGGAUGAGAAGUUGCUGCUGUAUAAAUACGUUCCCAACGGAAAUUUGUUUAACCGAAUGUUUGGAGAAAGAGGCCCGGAUCGCAUCCCAUUUCGAUGGAGCUCAAGGCUAUCAGUUGCUCGAGGCGUUGCCCACGCACUGGAGUAUCUCCACCUCAAAGCGACAUCGUCAGCUCAAAGCAGCAGCAGCAGCACUGCACCUCAUGGAAACCUAAAGUCAUCAAACGUUCUGCUUGACGAGAACGAUAGGGUUCUUGUUUCUGAUUAUGGCUUCACUUCGCUGGUUGCACUUCCAAUUGCAGCUCAGCGUAUGGUGUCGUACAAAUCACCUGAGUACCAACAGACCAAGAAAGUUUCAAAGGAGUCUGACGUUUGGAGCUACGGAAGCCUUGUUUUGGAGCUCUUGACGGGAAAAAUCUCAGAUUGCACAGCCCCACCAGGUGUGAAUGGCAUAAAUCUCUGCAGUUGGGUUCACCGAGCAGUUAGGGAGGAAUGGACGGCUGAAAUAUUUGAUAUGGAAUUAACACUAGUGCGCAGAACAGCCUCAAGUGGGAUGCUUAGACUGCUAAAAAUUGCAAUGCGUUGCUGUGAUCCGUCGCCGGAGAAGCGACCGAAAAUGAAGGAAGUGGUGAGAGAGGUAGAAAGUAUAAGACUUCCUCAAUCAGACGUAGAUGAGGAUGAAGACUUGUCAUUGGAUCCGUCCUUAACCGAUGAUUCCCUGUCAUGGACUGCCCCCCCUGCAAGAGUUAGCCAAUAG